AUCGAAGGCGGUCUUACUAUUUAGUCGGCUGCUCUGUUCUUGCGUGGUUAUCGUUGUAAAUGGCCAGUCCUUUGAGUAUCGCCCUUCUUGUUACGACCCUCCUAGCCACUGCCACAAUGGCUCGCUAUUUCCACCUUGUUCACCGUAAAGUCUCCCCCAAGAUUCAAUAUUUCAGUGAUGAAGCGCAGGAAUGGGAGAGACUAGGGGUCGGAGCAACAGCCUGGAGGCAAGGAAGGAGAGCGUUAGGUAAAACGCCUGGUCAGAUGAAACCUGUGAGGGGUUCUGAGCCGUUGGAUUCAGUUGAGAUUGCUGAGCUUUCUCUACCGGGUGAUGGCGUGGCGUCAACGAGGAUGGAGGAGAUUGAUCUGGAGUUUCUUCCGGGAGAAAUAGACUGGGAAGCGAUAAUACCGGUUUAUCGUAAGGAGAGUAUCGACUCACGUGGAGAUCCGAAGCAUAACCCGCUUUAUGACGUAAAUGGCCGUCUCAGUGACGCAUUGACGAAUUACCCGGACACCUCGUUGGACGAAAAUGCUCUUUCUGAAUCAGGAGAAGGUGAGAGGGAGGAGGAUGGUGUGAAGAAGAGUCCGCCGUUUUACUCUGAAGAGUUGGUGGGAGAAUCACGUGACAAUUCAGGAGAAAUGCCAGGAGAAAUUUCAGGAGAAAAUGAUGAGGAGGACUUGUCUGAGCUUGUGGAAUGGCGAGUGCCCAAGGAGAGAGGAGGAAGAUUGAGACGGAUGGGAAUGCCUAGCAGAGGAACUAUGGAUCAGGCAUCGGGUAUACAAGCUGAUACAGAUGAAGACUAUAAAGAGGAUGGUGAUCACGGGGAUAAUGCAGCAGAUGAUGGAAUGGGAGAAACUAUGCGACCCAGGACAGCAGUCAGAUCCCAGAAAUUUGGGGAUUGGGACUACGAUGACGUCAGCAGGAGUGAAGAUGAAGUCGGCACAGGCAAAGAUGACGUCAACCUGGCUGGAAUAGGCACCAGUGAUAAUGAAGAUGACUCCAGGGAGGACGCAGCAGCAUCACUGCAGGGUUACCAGUACGAGCGCAUGGCAGAGCAGAAGCAGGAUUUUCUCAAGAGGCCCAUGAGUAGUAGUAGCAUGGCUCACGCUGGAGAAGAGGAUGAUUCGGAUGAACCUAGAGAGGAUGGUCAGCCAACCGUCCUGGAGGUAGCGGAUGCUGAGGAGAGUAGAGCGGACGAACAGAAGUUAUGGGAUGGGAGGGAGCAUGACAAGCACAUUCAUGGGAGAAAAGAGGUCAAUGACCAAGCGUCUCUUGCCAAAAAGGCAGCAUUACCUGCACGCAUCAACUACUGGGGGUUCCAAGAGAAUCCCCUGAAUGUAUCCGUAGAAUGACAGGGGAGCAGGGCUGAUUUUAUCAGACUAUUUUAGUCUGAUUGUCUGAAAUUUCAGACCUAUUUUUUUGCCGAUCCUGAUUU